CUGUCGCUGAACCGAUACCGAUUUUUCCGAUUCCUUCCAUUUGUACCAUACCGAUUCUAUAAUCUAGGUCAAACUGUUUAAUAAAACAGCUUAAUUAUAGUAAUUAAACGACAUGAAUUAAUAUUUUUUGAAGACAACAAUUACAUUUUAUAAAACAAGGAUGGCACAGUACAACGCUUAUUUAAGAUCUGAAGAAUUUCACUAUCAACAACCAUAUUAUUUAUCAAAAGUAUUCAAAGCCGUUUUAGAAGAAAACAUCGAAAAAUUAAAUGCAAUUAAGUUCGCCACAGAGUAUUCUCUCAAUGCAGGUGACGAUUUUGGAAACACUCCUCUUCACGUUGCUGUAAUCUCAAACAAAUUAGUAAGCUUGGACUAUCUGCUUGCUCAAGAUAUAGUAUCUGUAGAUGCUAAGAAUAAUUUUGGACAAACACCUAUAUUCAACGCAUGCAGAACCGAUAAAAUUGAAAUAGCUAAAAAAUUAAUAAAAUCAGGAGCUUGUAUCAACAUCCAAGAUGGCCAGAAAAAUACCCCAUUACAUAUGUCGGUGUGCAAUCCUGAAAUAACACAUAUAUUAAUUAAAAAUGGCGCAGAUAUUGACUCGAUAAAUUUUUACCAAGAUACGCCUCUACAUGACGCUAUUACGGUGGAAAAUUUAGAAACAGUAUGUUUGUUGCUGUAUUAUAACUGUGAUGCUAAUGUUAAAAAUUCAGAAGGAAAUACGCCGUUUAUGGACGCGUUGAUUUAUGAAAAUCCAGGCAUACAAACAGCUCUAUUUGAGUACGUAGAUGAUUUUAACGUAACCACUACUGACGGCGAUACAAUUCUGACCCUAGCUUUGACCUACCACAGCGAAUUCAUAGAGGAAAUUCUGUCGAGAGGUGCUAAAGUGAAUCGAAGGGCUCUCGAAUCGUCUCUGAUGAUAAACAACCCUACGGUCUUCGAAACGAUAUGGAAGAGAAUACCGAAUGUGGAGCUGGAAAAUUCUAGUAUCCUCGAUAAGUUUGCUUACGGUAUGAGGCGUAAUAAUAUAUUGAAAUAUUUCGAAAUAAUCCUUGAGAAUUCUGAUGAAUCUUUAUUUGAAGCUCUGGCUGUUUGCUUCAAUUGUCAAAUAUCAUUCGCUGAUUUGGUCGAGAAGUGUGCUGACAACCAAGGACUUGAACAACUGACUAAAUUUAUAUGCGUUUUGUUACAGUACAACUGUCAUUUCCUUAUAACAACUGUUUUUCAAAUUUAUUAUUGUUUCGGGUAUUGUGAUUUGUUCAAAUACUUUUUGUAUAUCGACAGCAGUGUUAAAUAUUGCAAAUAUGAGAUAUCGUUUGGGUGGAUCAUUCCCAAAUAUAUAUUUAGCAUAAAAAGUGAUAUGAAGGAACUUUGUAGAGAACUGACUUUCAAUAAGGCAAAGGAUGCUACGCACAGGAAAGCUGCUUUCAGUUCUCUGGAGUUUAGCGUAGAUUCAUCUUUAGUGCAAUUGUUGAAUACAUAUUUUUCUGACGAUGCUGAUUUUGUGAUACUGCGGAAAAAAGUACCGGUGGUACCGUCGUUGUUGCAGUUGGCUCGCGACAAAAUCAGGACAUAUUUUGUGUAUAAAUUUGAUUUUUGUAAGCCUUCGCAGUUUUAUACCUUUGUAAAUGACUUAGAAAUUGCGACGGUUUACAAACAGAUAAUUACUUUAGAAAAGAAAAUUUACAAUUUUGAUUUUAGGUAAACCGAAUUCAAUAAAUAUUUUUGUGUAUGCA